GCGCGUUGCACGCCAAACGGACCGGCGCGCGCCCGCCGACGACGAGUCGCGCUGCCCGACGCGGCCCGUGGGGCAGCGGACGCAGCCCCACGCGCCGCGGGCGUACCGCGUGACCGGGCGGAGGACAGAGACCGGGGGCAGCCCCCAAGGACCCAAGCCCUCGCGCUCCGAAGCGACCAGUGGCAGAGACGCGGGCCCACGCACCACAAGACAAGACCGUGGUAGCACAAAAGACCGGCGACCAGUGGCAGAGACGCACGCACCACAAAGUACAAAGACCUCGGUAGCACAAAACAACCAUGGGCUUCAUCGAGGUGUUCGGCCUGGCGUUGGGGCUCAUCGCCUUCGGGACCGUCAUGGCGUUGUUCUGGAGAGUCUUAAACAAGAUCUUCCGGGCCAUCGAGCACCACCAUGAUGAUGAUAAACAUUUGGAGGACGAAGAGUCGAGUGAUGAGGAGGACGAGGAAGGAAGGAAGGGCUUCAGCCCGCCCUUCUGGGACUUUUUGAUCUACCUCGGGUUCCUCGCUACCUUCGUGGCCGUGGUUUAUGCGUUGCGCGGGGGCGUGUCGGCGCCGUACGACAUGCAUCUGGGCCUGGAGGACUGGUUCACGGGCAACGAGUUCCAUUAUAACGUGCCCUUUUCGGGCCUGAACUUGCGGGACCAGGUCUAUACGUGGCUGUCAGCAGUGGUAGUGCCGGGCGUGCUACCGAUCGUGCGGAACGACGGGAGCGGCAUCGAACUCGGGUGCGUCGAUCGAUUGACGCUGGGGGACGGCCAAUCGCUGCGAGUGGGCGCUAUUCGGUUAAGAAAGGUCAGCUCCAAACCGAGUUCUCUGAACGAAGUUACGGAUUACCUCGAGGACGACAGGGGCGCCUGGAAGCGGGAGUACCUCCCUCGGGUCUAUAGUGAUUAUAUAGGGCCCGGUGUGAUGGGAUGCUCGUCGUCGCCCUUGGCCAACGAGGAAAAAGGAACUUUUACGAGCACGACGGUCCGCGGCGACGUGCCCCGCACGCUCCCGGGCUACGAGGGCCCGUACUACUACGAGCGGGCGCCGCACCGCACGUGCCCUCCAACACAUGCCCCGGCGACGACCAACGGGACGUCUUCACCGACAUCCGUCCCUUCACCUAGUCCCACGCGGCCGCCUACUGUAAAAGUCCCGACAGCCCCAAAAACGGGCGGCUACGCCAUCGCAUGGAGAAAGACGGAGGAGCCCGCGUACAAGUCGAAAAUAACGGGAAACAUUUAUUGUGGGAACGGCCAGGUCUGGGACCUGAGUACGAACCAGACGACGGCGCUCGCGGAGCUCGAGAUGCUGCGGGACGACGACUGGUUGAUUGAUGAUGGGACACGAGCUUUGAUAACAGAAUUUGUGCUGUACAACCCCGGCACGGCGUUAUUUGGUUUAUUCAGAGGAGUCGUCGAGUUCCACCCGGCGGGGGCCGUGGUCCCGACGUUCGACAUCUUGGCCGUCGACUUGGCGGGGACAUACACCGCCUGGUCGAACGACGGCGCGAAGAUGGAUCAGCGGAUCUGCGCCUACCUGGAGGUCAUGUUGUAUCUGCAAGUCCUAUGUUACAUCGUGCUUGAGUUAAAAGCUAUCAAGCAAUUAGGAUGGCACACGUACCGGAAGCAGUACAUCUCGCUAUUGACAUGCAUCAACCUCAUCUCGUUCGUCGUCGCGCUCUUCCUCCGCUUGAGAAAUUUAUCGUGGGUCCGGGACAAUUACCGGAAACUCCUGAUUUACAUGGAUCACGACGCGUACCCGGAAGAACUGGCCCAGCAGAUCGUGCUGUACAAGACCGUGGACGAAUUGAACGCCAUCAAUGCUAUCCUGUCGUUCUUCCGACUGUUCAAGUAUUUGAGGGCGAACCCGGGCUUGGCGCAGUUGUCCGAUACCAUAUACUUAGCGACGAUGGAACUGGGACCGGUCAUGCUUAUACUGAUAGUGUGCAUGGUCGCCUACGCGGCAGCUUUACAAAUCGCCUUCGGGCAGGAGUUAUUUGAUUACAACGACGUGCCGAACGCGAUGCAGAGCAUGUCUAGAGCUAUAGUGGGCGAUUUUGAUUUUACCGUGUUGAUGGGGCCUGGGAGAGCGGUGACCAAUAAUACCAUAGGGAUGUGCCUCUGUGUGACGUACGUCGUGGUCACGCAAUUUGUCGUUCUGUCGAUGUUGCUCGCCAUCUUAGAUCACGCCUACGAGGACGUCCGGGAAGAGCUGCAACAUAAAGUGAUUGAUGAGGAUACGAAACAUUUCAACGAAGACUUCGCGUGGGUCGUACGUAGUCCGGUGACGGGCAUCGAUUACUUGAUGCGGCAGGUCGUCCAGUUUUCUUCCGGUACGUCCGUCGACUUUGGGAAAUUACGGGAACGACGGCGCGUCGACCCGGCCAUGUUACAUGUGCUGAAGUUCGAAAAAAUGGCCACGGGCACCGACCACGACGCGACGGCCGAGCAGGCCAAGAUAAAAGCGGAACGGGAGGCCGCCAUCGCGCGCGCGAAAGCUAGGCGGGCCAUGCACGAGCACUGCCGCGACACGUUGAGGAAUGCGAUUGCUCAAUUGGAUGAAUGUAUUGAUACGCAGAACGAAUCGGCUCGAGCAUUGGGCGUCGCGAAGGUCAAGAAAUACGAGCCGCCGGAGGAGGAGGAGGACGGGUAAGACUCUUCUGUAGGCGGCGCUAGG